CCACUAUCUGAGCGAUGGUUCUCGGCUACGUGUUGUGGCUCAUCGUGUCCGUAGCUGCCUUCAAACUUGUCCUAGCAGGAACAUUGCCUGGUGCCCUGUUGUAGUAACGAUCUAAGCAUGCAAACUCUAGCGAUGGUUUUGUGGACGAUAAAAAUCCUUCUGGAGGUCAAGGGUCAAGAAGAUGAACUGUGGGAUCUUUGGGCAGACAACUGCGAGUCCAUGGUCCCCUGUAACCUGACUGAACCCCAGACCGACCCCAUGCCCUACAUAGUUACUCUCAACAGACCAUACAUCAACAGCGAUCAGGCGGUGUACGUCUAUAUAAGAGCACUACCUCCAUUGAGUUUCCAGGGGUUUAUGAUUCAGGCUAGGGACGACAAGACCGGUCAGGCUGUCGGGGAGUUCGACACAGACAACAGGAAGAUCAGCGUCAAUAAUUGCUUCGGCAGACCAGAUAGCACGGCCAUGCACGCUGACAAUUCCCCCAAGACGGAGGUGACGGCCAGAUGGGCGCCCGAGGAUGACAAUGACGCUACCGCCACAUUUUAUGUCACAAUUGCUGAAAAGGUUAACCCUCUAGAGAGAUUCUGGGCUUGCCAGCGUACGAAAACACUUCAAAUUAUCAAGUGACUUCUUGUAACCCUUUUGUCCUUUCAAGUACAUAAACACUAAAAUAGCUAAGCAAGAGUGAUUGAACCAAAAUAGAAGUUAAUACUAUUAUUAGUUUAAUUAUACAUAUACCAUUAGGAGUAAUGUAAUAUAGAAUAAGACAGAUUUUAGGAAGCCCGGUCGUUUGACUUAAUUAUUCAUUAAUGGUAUAAAGGGAUUACAGUUAGUAGUUUUAAUGCUAGUGCUUUCACAAGAAUCUUAUCUUCUCCACUCAUGCAACGUUUAAACAAUAUAAUUCCUGACUUAGUGCAUUUAAACAAUAGUUCAUUUCCACAACCCAGACUUGCAAUUUUAUGUCACUUACUAUAAUAUUUAUAUAAUAAUAAUAAGAAG